AUGAUGGAUGGUCGCAACACGAGACCGGUGAUGAAGCGGCUUUCAUCAUCAAUUCAAUCAUCAUCACCCAUCCCAGUACUCGCUGCAUGUGUCGAUGUGAUGAACGGUGAUGAGAUGAUGAAUGGUGAUGAGAUGAAUGGUGAUCUGACGAUGAAAAGUGAUGAGUUAUCCCGGGGGGCGGCGCGAGGUAUCACAGGAGGCAGCUUCGAGCACACAACGUAA